UAGGGUUUAAACGGUGCCUAGUGGAAGUUUCUGAUAAAUUUAAAGUUAAAGUUAAAUUUAAACCUAGGCGAAGAAGUUGUAAAUGAACACAAUCUUUGUUAUCACAUAUCUUUAUUGUGUUUUUAUGUUGUAACUUAGAGGUGUUUAUUAAAAAUAUGUCUUCACAAACUGUUAUUAGAGUGAAGCGUAGAUUAGAAGAUAACCCUCACGAUGCUCUGGUUGUUACAUGUAAACGGCCCAAGACCGACCCUGAAUCAUGCCAAUCCUUGUUUGUAUUUCGAGCCACUAUCACCAAUCAGGAAACAGCUGAUAUCAAAGAUUUGGUGUCUCCAGCCGAUUCCAAACUGCAACCGAGACAUAAUGUCAAGGAUAUUGUUGAAAAGCUACGAAAAGACCAGAAGGCUUCUUCAAGCAAAAGUCGUUAUGAAAUAGUCAACUGUAACCGAAGCAUAGAAAAAGAUACGGAUAAUUUCAAUCUUGUAGACUUACAAAAGACUGAUGAUGUUGAUGAUGGAAUUGAAUAUGCCUAUGACUUAUAUACAAUACCAAAACAAGACUUUGAUUUGUCUGUGAUUGACAGCUUUGCCAGCAUAGAAACAGACCUAAUACUUGGUACACAUGAUGAUGGUUGCGACACAACAUCUGGUGACGAAGUUGAUGACGAUGAUGAUUCUAAUGACGAAAACAACUGGAGAAAUGAUUAUCCUGAUUCUGAAAAAAGUAGCAUUGAUGAAGAUGACAUCGUUCGGGCUAUGGAGCGUGUUGAUUUAGAAGACAACCUAUCAAGCGAUGAUGGUGAAGACAAAAUUUAUGACACUAAUGAUUAUGAAGAAAAUGUAAGAUUAUAUGGCACAGGAUAUGCCAAAUAUAAAGCUAAGAUUCUUGCUGAAAAUCCUGACCUUUCCAAUCGGAGCCUCAUCCACUCCGUCAAAAUGAAAGACAUUGAUGAAGAAUCAGUCGAAGGAUAUAAGGAUGAUAGCGAUGACGGUUUUUACUAUGGCCAGGAAGAUGACUCGCCGCAUCACAGAAAACAAUAUAAAGAUUCGUCUGAUGAAUAUAGUCCAGAUUGAUCCAAAAAAUUUUUGUUUAGUUUUAAUUGUAAUUAAAACAUAUUAUGUUAAGAUACUGAAGUUAUACUUUUUUGAUGGUAAAUAGUAAUUAAGUCACAAAGCUAAGUACUGAUUGGUUGUAUGGAUGGAGGUGAUCAAGAUCUGUAGACAUGCGAGCUCGAUUGGGCGAGAAGGAUACUCAUUUACAUAAAUGCAAUGGUACAUUUUUUCUGAGAAAGCCUCGAUACUAUAUGUUGUGAAGAACCAUUGAGUUACAAGUAUCGAAGAUAUUCUUAGGGAGACUAGAAACUAGUCUUUAACAGUACCAGAAGGGAGUAACUCUUGUGUGUAGAUGUUUAUAGACACUGUAAACUUGUGAUGUUUUUGAUAAUCUUAAGCGUAUAGUGUAAUAAUUUCAAUGUAAGAACUUGAGUAUGUCAUAUCAUUAAACUGUAUAGAAACAUAUAAUUAAUCAUUUUUGAAUAAAGAUUAAAUCAUUUUUACAAUUUAUC